AUGGAGGGACGACCGCUGGCUCCUCGGUUCGGGGCGUCAGUCCAGUUGAAUUCGGCAAUUUUGGCUCAGACGGUGACGUAUCCUUUGGACGAUGACGACGCACCGAGAGACAGACUCCAACGGAGGCGCCUUGCAGUGAUGAACGGCGGCCAAACAAGAGGCGAAGAUCUUAAUUGCCGUGACACGUCGUUGCGCCUCUUGUCCUCAGCGCUGCGGUGUUGCUCCAGUUUUGAGCAUCGGCGGCAGUGUUCAAAGCGGGACAAGUUCAUGUUUAACGGCGGCAGCGAUGAUGACGAGAAGAAGCUGUCGACAAUGAACGAACGGACGGACGGCGGACGAAGAAAGAAAGGAGGCCUGAAGCUGUGCCGUAUGGAACCUCCUCACGAUGGCGGCACCUCAGGAAGGCGUUCAAGCGUCAGCGAUGAUAGAUCAGCAUUCCGGCGAAGCGAGGCGCGUCUAAGCCGCAGCUGUCGAUUGAGGAACGGCGCGAUUAGAGUCAGUGGUGUGGCCGGACGGCCGUCGCUGGACCAUACGACGGCUCGUCGACGAGCAGAUCCGUUAAAGCUUCGGCGCCCAUUGGAGCAAACGAUGAUGUGGUUUUUGCCGCGAGCAGCGGCGGAGAUUGAUAUCGAUGGCAACGAUUCUUGGGGCGACGUCAAGAGCUCUCCUCUAGAGGAGACGAUGAGGACCAUCGAGAAUCAGCCGACCACACGUAAUGCCCACAGAUAA